AUGGAUUGGGCGCCCAGGCAGAUAAAGCCAUCCAUAGAAGUUGUAGAUUUAAGGAAGGAUCGCAUGGACUUCAUCCUUCUAAACUCCGAUGUCAGUACAGCCAACGCAAUCAGAAGAGUUAUUCUUUCAGAAAUACCAUCGUUGGCAAUAGAAAUUGUUACGGUACUUGAAAAUACCAGUGUUUUACACGAUGAGUAUAUAUCGCAUAGAUUAGGACUGCUGCCCAUAGAUAGUACCUUAGCAAGCGAGUUUGAAUUCAGAGAUAGGUGUCAAUGUACAGAUAAAUGUGCAAAAUGUACAGUAGAUUAUACACUAGACGUUUCAUGUAAUGAUUCUAACUCCAGAUUAGUUACUCAUUUCGAUAUUGUGCCUGACGAUACUCAUAGUAAGUCAAUAUACGGCAAAAACUUGCCGAUGCCAAUCCCAAGGGCAGAUGUUACUAAUUUUAACGGAGCAACAGAUGGAAUUCCCAUCGUUAAACUAAAAAGAGGCCAGUCAAUUAACAUGAAGUUAACUGCGUCCAAAGGGUUAGGGAAGUUUCACGCAAAAUGGAUAGUAGCUAACGUUAACUAUAAGAUGGAACCAAGAUUUUCAUUCAAUUCAGCUUUAAUGGAGCAACUUUCGUCUGAUGAGAAGGCAGGAAUUGCAGCAAGUUGUCCCAGGAAUGUUUUUAAAUACACCGGCGUAAGAUCAGAGAACCCUUCCUUUCUAGGCCACUCAGAUAAAACAUUUAAGCUAGACGCAGGAGGGCUUCAAGUAGUUAACAAGCUUGACUGCAUAUACUGUGAUGAGUGUAUAAAUUAUUGCAGGGAAUUAGGUCAUAAGGAUCUCAUACGUAUUCAACCAGAUGAGUCUAAGUUCCAUUUCACUAUAGAAUCUACUGGUUCUAUACCCCCAGAAAAGAUCUUAGAAAUUGCUCUAAUUGUUCUAGAGAAGAAAUUGCAAGAUCUUCAAUCUAACUUCACAGAAGCUCAGUCCAGAACUCUAGGUUCAACGACAACUGCACACCAUCGGGAAGGACCCAGAGCUCCCCAACCUUCCACACCUUAUAUCGAUUUAGACUAA